CCUCCCAACCUCUCUGCGCUGUACUCUCAGGGGGGGAUCUCAGCACUGCUGCAGCAUCACUAACAACCUCAAUCCAGGAGGCUGGGAAAGAGAGGUGGAAGGGAGUGAAAAGCUGAAUGAAUGGGCAUCGCAUCAGUGAUCAUUAUGGGGAAAACGGUGGCUGCUGCAUAGAGAGGAGGAUUUUUUUUCUUUGAAGAAGGAAAAAAGAGGGGAGGGGAGCAGAUGAGGAAAAGAAGAAAGAACUGACACAAUAAUUAAGAUGGGCCUUUCCACAAAGCUUUCUUUGGACAAGUAUAGCAUGGCGAGGGAUAGCACCUGCUGGUAGAUUGUCUGCUGUCCCUUCCUCUGACAUCCAGAUUGAAGAGUCUAUUCUUCCUGCUUUUCUGUACAUUGCUGAGAAACUGCCUUCAGCUCCUGUGACACACCUAGGUCUUCAUGUGGCAAACAGCUGUUUAUGGCAAUUGUGCAGAAACAACAAGGUUCUUCUUAAAAACAGGAUUGUUUCUGAAGAGAAAUUGAACCCAUUCGUGACUAUACUUAGGGUACCAUAAUAUGAUACCAGCAAAUCGGAAGGAAGAGCCUGGCUGUUUGAAAUAAGUGUUUAUAAUCUAAUACUGUAUCUCAUUUUCCACCAUGGCUACUCAAAUGCUUUUGAGAGGUCCACAAGCAAGACCUUCAUGAAGACCAAGCCUGGAACUGAGAGGAACUAGAAGAGGGCACUGCCCUCAGCUGGACCUGUCUCUAAACAACAGGGAGACGUGAGAGGUAUAGUAUGACCCAGGAUUAUCUCCCAAUGGAGGAAGAGUGACCAAAGCUUGAUGUAUCCUCUGCGCCAUUUUCCAGAAACAAUGCUCUAGGAAACCAUAACGCUAUGAAAGGCUUAGGCGAUAACAGAAGCCGCCAUCUCUCUGAUAACUUGGACUCGCCUCAAGACUCUCUUUAUGCCACCCAAGACAGGAACCCUUAUCUCCUCAGUCCCACUGACUCCUACACAAUGGACCCUAGGUUCCCCACACCAAAUUCCCUCCACAGUGACUGCCUCCUUCCACUCAACAACCAGAUUUCCAAUAGCAGCACAUUUCCACGGAUCCAUUACAACUCCCACUUUGAGGUACCCGAUGAGAAUCCCUUCCCAAGCCAUGCCCAAGCCACCAAGAUUAACAGGCUCCCUGCCAACUUGCUAGACCAGUUUGAGAAACAACUGCCCAUCCAUAGAGAUGGCUUUAGCACACUUCAGUUCCAGAGAAGCUCUGAUAACAAACAGCGGAGUGAGAGCCCUGGAAGGAUCCGGCACUUGGUUCACUCAGUCCAAAAACUUUUUGCUAAGUCACAGUCCCUGGAGGGAGCCUCCAAAGGUAGUGUGAAUGGCAAGAAAGGCACUGAGGACUCCAAGCAGAACCGCAGGAGCAAGAGUAAGGACCGGGCAAAAACCACUGAGACUAAACGCAGGACCAGAUCCAACAUAUCAGGCUGGUGGAGCUCAGAUGACAAUCUGGACAAUGACACCUGCAACUAUCGUAACCCUAUGGGCCUCAUGACCCUUGGCAGGCAGCCUGAUCACAGCCAGCCUAGGUACUUCAUGCAUGCUUACAACACAAUCAGUGAACACAUGCUGAAAUCCUCCAAGAGCAAUAAUGACCUGAAGGUCACUCCUUGUACCAACAUCCCCAUCAGCAGUGAGUCCAACUACAUCAAAAGAGGCUCCUGGUCCACACUCACACUUAGCCAUGCCCGGGAAAUGUGCCAAAAGGCUUCUGCUACUAUCGACAGAGCGCUGCUGAAAUCCAAGUCCUGCCAUCAAGACUUAGCCUAUCAGUACUUGCAGGUGCCUCAGGGAGACUGGAAUAAUACGUUGACAAGGGAGAAAGACAAUGAAAUCCCAUGUCGGCGUAUGCGGAGUGGGAGCUAUAUCAAAGCCAUGGGGGAUGAUGACAGUGAAGACUCUGAAACCAGCCCGAAGCCAUCUCCAAAAACUGCAGCACGGAGGCAGAGUUACCUCAAGGCCACUCAGCAGUCACUGAGUGAGCAGAGCACCACUCACAGAAGCCUGGACCGCCUUGAUUCUGUUGAGAUGGUUUUGCCUCCAAAAUUCCCAAGCUGGGAAGAAGAAUACAACCAGAUCCCAGAUAACCUUAAUGAGUCCAGUGACAUCAAUCAGAUAUUUGGACAACCCUCAUUUAUUCCACAGAUAUUUACACAAGGAGAGCAGGCAAGAGAAGAAGAGCUAAAUGACCAAUAUGAGGGAAUGUGUGAAUCGACCUACAGUGAAGCAGAAUCAGCUGCUGUAGAAGUGCUGGAUCUGCCCCUUCCUAGCUACUUUCGCUCCCGGAGCCACAGCUACCUCCGAGCCAUCCAAGCAGGCUGCUCCCAAGAAGAGGACACUGUCUCUGUUCGGUCCCUCUCACCACCUCCAGCCAACAGCAUCAGUGGCAGUCGAACACUUCCAAGCAACAGUUCGGCAUGCCUAGUGGGCUAUAAAAAGACACCACCACCAGUCCCACCUCGGACCACCUCAAAGCCGUUCAUCUCUGUCACAGUGCAGAGCAGCACCGAAUCGGCACAGGACAACUACUUGGACAACCAGGAUCAUAAAAGUGAUGUCAACAGCCAGUCAGGUCUGAGCAAUUCUUCAGAUAGCUUAGACAGCACUAGACCACCUAGCGUGACAAGAGGAAGUGUUGUGACUCCACCCAGAGAGCCUCCUGAAUUACCUCUGAAAAAUGCAGCAUUGAAGAGUGACAAAGGGACGCUGACUAGCGAAGAGCCAAAGGUGGAGAAUAUCCCUAAAAGGAAGCUGUCAUCUAUAGGAAUACAAGUUGACUGCCUUCAGCCAGUGGCAAAAGAGGAGCCCCCUCCAUCAGCCACCAAAUUCCAGUCCAUCGGGGUACAGGUAGAGGACGAGUGGCGCAACAGCCACUCUCGCAGCAUGUCCACCAAACAGGAUACAGAUUCUGAUUCUCAAGAACCAGAUAAUUCUACUUGUAAAUCAUCUGAGAGAAGCCUUGCUGAUUGUCCCCCAUGCAACAACUCCAACAGCCUUGAUGCCAAUACAAGGCAAACGGCCAUGCCCUCCCAGAUCAACAGAAACCUCUCCUAUGGAGAUAGCAAUGACCCAGCUCUAGAGCCUUCCUCUCUUCCUCCUCCUGACCCUUGGCUUGAAACAUCCACUAACACUCCAUCAGAACCAACACAGCCCGGAGCAUGCCGAAGGGACGGGUACUGGUUUCAGAAGCUGCUACAGGCAGAGACAGAAAGGUUAGAAGGAUGGUGUCAUCAGAUGGACCAAGAGACCAAAGAGAAUAAUCUCUCUGAAGAAGUCUUAGGCAAAGUCCUUAGUGCAGUGGGCAGUGCACAGUUAUUAAUGUCACAGAAGUUCCAGCAGUUUCGUGGCCUCUGUGACCAGAACUUGAACCCUAAUUCCAAUCCCAGGCCCACAGCACAGGACCUUGCUGGUUUUUGGGAUCUCUUACAGUUGUCCAUCGAAGACAUCAGCAUGAAAUUUGAUGAAUUGUACCACUUAAAGGCUAAUGGAUGGCAAUUGACAGAGACACCAGAAAAGAAAGAAGAAAAGAAGCCACCCCCUCCUGUGCCAAAGAAGCCAGCCAAACCUAAAUCCCAGCUAAAUCGGGACAAGGGCUCUGACUCGGUGGAUAAACAGCGCCAGGAAGCCCGAAAGCGCCUCAUGGCAGCCAAGCGUGCAGCCUCAGUCCGGCAGAACUCUGCCACUGAGAGUGCGGACAGCAUUGAAAUCUACGUUCCUGAGGCACAAACCCGUCUUUGAGCAAGGGGAAGAGGAAGAAAACUCACUCUUUUUCACGUCAUUAAAAGGAAGAAAACAAGGUUCACUAAAUUUAGUGAGAUUUAUUUGGUCGAGACACACAGAGCCAACCUUACAAAGGGCUCCAAAUUUGGCUUUCUCUCCGUCUCUCUCUCUCUUUCCCCCUCUCUCUCCAGCUUUAAAUAAUGAAGAUUUUGAAAGAAAAUUCCCUUUCUGGUUCCGUGGUUUGGUUUUAAUCCCACCACCACCCUUCACACUGGCUGUGGUGUGGCAGAACAGAUUCUUGGAAACAGUCCUUUAGACUUGGAACUGCAACCUUUUUACUUAUUCUAUCUAAGGAGAAUUAUUAGCUUGUUUACAUAAAAAGGACAAGAAUGGGGGGGGGAGCCUUUGGGCACUUGCCAUGCUGCGCUUUUUUCUCCUCACUGUAUCCUUUCUGUCCUCCUCUCCAAACACAGUCUUUUUCUCUCUGUGUCUCUUCCUCUCCCUUGACUUCUUGUAUUCCUAAUCCUUUUUUUUCUUCUGUCCUAUAGUUCCUAACCUUUCUUUCUUUGUCAUCUUUCUCUGCAUGGCGUUGUUUACUGUGUUAGAAGUAAACUCUUCCACAGAGCUCCAGAAGAAAACACCUGUUCAGCGUGUACUGUUGUUGCACUCUGCUAGUGAGCAGCCUUUUGUUUGAUUAUGUAUUAUUUUUCCCUGUAGAUGGGUUGGGAGUGGGAGGCCUGGGGUGGGUUGCGGGAGGCAGCAGGGCUUUGGGGUUUAUAUAGCUUGUAGUUUAAUUAUGUAAAAGGAGGGCAAAAUCUGUGGGAUGUAAACUGAGUGGUAUGUUAACAGAGCCUGGAAGCAAACAUGUGCAAUAAGGUAGUGUUGUGGCCUGCACACACCCGUGAAUGGUGCUGCGAAAGAAGGAUUUCCCUUACAGGAUGCCCAGUCAGAGGUACUACAUGAUAGAUUCCUAUGUUGCCUCGCAUAGCCUUUUCUUUUCUCUUUUUUUCUGCCACCACCACUACCACCCCUUGGCAGCAGAUUUAUGUGUGUGGUUGUUGUGUGCAAGGUUCUGUGUUAUACACAAGAGGAAAAAGACAACUGUAUCAAAAGUGUUUUGUAAUAAUAGUCCAUUCUACAGUAAAAAGCAAUGGCAUUUCUACUGACAAAAGGGGGGGAUAGCUGGAUGGAGGGCUGGCAGUUUGCCUGCCUACUUGCCUGUAUGUAUGUGUACAUAUGCACAUAUACACUUAGUAGGAUCUGUAUAUUUAACACAUACACACACACAUACCUAUUCACUCAUGCACAUUCAGGUGGUGUUUUUCGAAAACACCUCAGUGAGGGUGGGUGUAUGUAUAGCAUAUAUUUUUACAUGUACUAUAGCUAGAUGUGUGUAAAAGUGUGUGCAAAAAUGUAUACCCUGCAUAUUCCUCUCUUCUCCCUGUGCUCCCUUGUGCCCCAUAUUAUUUGGAGGAGCAAUCAUUAAAGUUCACUUCCCCCAUUUUGUGGAGCCAGGAGUCAAAUAACCAGUUUAAACCAUCUCCUCUAUCCACCACACUGUAAGCUGCCCCAUGUGCAUUUCUGUCAGAGCUGUGCUCUAUUAUUGUGGAGGAUGACAGAAACUGUUCUGUGGAUGGCUUCAGGGGAACAAAAUCCCAAAGGAAUAUUAUACUGGUAUGUUAGAAGUUUAAGGAGAGAAUAGGAAUUGCUGCAACCUAAAUCAUGUCAGUGAAUCUGGGAGUGUUAGAUUCUCCACCUGUCCACAUAAUGUGCAACUUUGUGACCUGUGAAAGCUUGGCCACGUACAAUAUGGCUUGAAAUCAAAACUUGAUUUUAUUCCUGUCAUCCCCUUCUUUCCUUCCCAAAUGUCUUUAAAGGUAGAAGGUGCUUGAUUGACUUUUGAAACAAAUGGCUAAAUUCCACAGUUCUUUGUAUUAAAAAAAUUGAAACACUUUGAUGUGACUUGUUUUACGCACGUUUCCAAGGAAAGCAGUGCUGUUAAUUAGAUGGAUACUUGCUUGAUGGGCCCAGUUGAUGCUUACUGUCAGCAUAUUUUCACUUUGUCAGUGAGAUUAAAUCCUAAAAUCUAAGUAAAUCCAAUUAAAUUAGUUUACUGAUUGCAGCCCAGAUAAUCUUUCACUGCACCUGCUUCAGAACUGCUUUUCACGUUGCAUGGUGUCUAAGGAGUGUUAGCAUCAAUCUGUACACACAAAGAAGAGCAGCUCUCUUGCAAUUGUGUACCUACAAGAUACACAUAUUUAUCACAUCCAUCCCUUUAUGUGUUAGGAGUGUUCACAAAGUUUUUUAUUUAUACACUGAAAAAAGUGAGUGAAGUAGGGGAGAAAGUGUCUUCAGUCAAUCUGUCACAAUAAGAAUAGUAAGGAUAUUAGAUUCUACAGGAGCAUUGUGAAGGGGGUUGGACCAUGAGCAAACAUUUCGGAGGGUCAGCCACUCUCACCAUGGCUAGGAAAUCAGUAUUGGUUGUCAUGCAAAGCCAAAGCAGGUGGCUAGUUUUAAAAGCAACUGAGCAUCAAUAAAACACGACCACUAUUUAAAAUUUCUUAAUUUUCCUCUCUUCGUUGAAAUAUAAUACAGUCCACCUUCCCCAUAUGUAGGGGAUCCGUUCCAGACCCCCCCCCCCCGUGUAUGGGGAAAAUAGCGUAUGCUCAAGCCCGAGAGGAAAUAAUUAGGCAUGUGCACGUGGCGGGCCGCAUGGCACGGGUAUGUGCCUCAUUACUUCUAAUAGGUCUUGCCUUCCGCGUAAGCUCAAAGCUGCAAAAGGCAAGCCUGCCUAUGAGGAGGGCUGACUGUAUAGUAGGUAAGUCACUGCUUCCUGAGUUUUAGGAAAGGACUGAAAGUUCUUUACAUGGAUGUCAUUUGUAUGAAAUGAUACAACUGUGUGCAGAAUUCAGUGGCUGUGAUACAGAUCAAUUAAAGCUUAAUUAAAGUUUUUUUCACAGAGUCUAAGAAUAUGGCAUCCAUGUGCCAAUUGGUUUUAUACAACAGGUAGACAAGGUAGCAAAUGACCUACCUCUUCUUGCAGAAUGAUAGUUAAUCACCAUUGUUACCAUAAUACAAAUGUUUUAUACAAGAAUAAAAGCAACUGCCUUCCAGACACCAGAAUCUCUUCGGCCUCUUAGGGACUCAAACAGAGUGGCCCAAUAGGCACAGAAUAUAUUUCUUUAAAUUAAAAAAAAAGAUCCAAAGGGCUGUAAACCUGCUACAUUUCCAUUGUGCCUCUGGGCCCUGAAUGUUAAAGUGUGGAAUAAGUGGAGUUUAAAGACUUCUACAGGUGGGUAAUAGGGAUUCAAAUAAUCUCCAGCCUAUAUUUAAAUCAUUUGGGACUUGUUUUUAUCAACUUUUUUUCCUAAAUCUAUUUCAUCUAUCCUUAAAAUUGAUCACGUGUCCCCCAGGGAAUUUCAGGGCAAAAAAACACACAAGAACAGUGUGAUGUUCCCUGUGAUGGGAGUAGGAAGACUGCAGUGAUUUAAAUGAUUUCAUCUCUUCUAGCAAUAGUUCUGAGGAAAAACUAUGGUGUCUUGUGUUCCUCUCUUUGUCUUUUUAAGUUACACUAUUCUCCUGGCAUCAGUGUUCUUUACUUGACAAUCUAAAGUGAGCCAUCACUGAAAUGGCUCUGAAAAUCCCGUUUGGUGAAACUGUGCUCCAUAGAUGCUUCUGUAGUUCUGUUUAUCUAAUACUUAUGUGGAUUCAAAAACAAAUGUACAUAGUGCUUUGAUAACCUGUUUUUUUCCCCCAAUCAUGGAGAAGGUGGUAUUUUCCCUACAGUGAUUUAGUCUAUUUCUCUUAGUUUUAUGGCAGAAAGAAACAAUAAGAAACAGCUGUUUAAGUCCAUGAUUGUUAACUUCGUAACAAUGUUUCUUAAACAAAAUGAAAGCCUUGGACCUAGACCCAUGGCCCAUCAUUUUGUAAUGUGACCUUGGCUGCCAUUGUAAACUACAGUAAAACAAGCAAACAGAUGGUGCCUUUUGGUACCUUUAUGCCUCUGUCUCUUGCAGUUUGUGAUCUUUACUCUAUGAACUCCAGUUUCUAAAGCAGGCAACCAGAUAUAGAAAAAUGAAGUGAAUGGGGUGGGGCGGGAUUGUGUUUCUAAACCAACCAAGCGUUUUAGUUUAGGGAAUGUUUUUGUCACUCAUGAGGGCAUGACCAGAUUUGGUCAUUAAUAAAAAAAAAACAAAAAAACAACUUGGUCAGAGCAUUUUAUAAACUUGUCUUCAUUGACUGCUUGGCAAUCUAACAAGGUUGGCAAUUUUUCGUGUUUUCCCUGCAACACAGGGAGCCAAACAGUAAGAUUAACAAAUACAGCCUUCUAGGACAUGACUAUUUGUUCAAAUCCUUUUCAUUUUCUAGCUUUGAGAUCAUUUCAGGAUAUGACUGUUUUAAUUCCAGGGAGAUGUGUUGCAAAUUUGUCUAUAUUUGGGGCAUUUUCUCUGGAUAUGGUAAAGUAUGGCUUGUUGUUCUUAUUCAAAACAAUGAUAAUCUUGGUGAAAUGAGUGGUCUAAUAAGAUAGCACUGGAGCACUGAAAUUGCACAGCAGUGUAUGUUUCUUGUUUCUUUAACCUGCCCCCCUCAAAAAAAAUUUACAAGUCUUUGACUCUAGCAUUGGGAGUGGCAAAGUACACCCCUUCAGGUGUUAAACUGAAACUUCCAUCAUUUUUCAGUUAAUGCCUUUGCUGGCUAUGGCUUAUGGGACCUGCAGUCCAAGAACACCAGGAGAAUCACAUGUUCCCACUCAUGCUCUGCCAGGAUGCAAAGAAAAGGCAUCCAGCAGAGACUCUGGUGGGAAUACUUCCUUUCAGUUUAGUCUGAAUCUACUGUCUGGAUGGCACAUUCUCUUGAAAUGGGUCUGUGGGUGUGCUGUUGGCACCUCUCAACUCCAUUCUUUCCCUCAGGUAAGUCUUGAAUUUGUGGUUCUGAUUUUCUCUGGAUCUUGUGUGUGGUGCAUCUCUCCCCCUGCCUCUUGAAAUCUGUUUGUGAAACACUUGUAGUUUGAUUUCUCUAACCAAUUUCUGCUUAAUAGUCUGGAGAAGGGGAAUAGUUUUGGUCAGCACCUACUCCCUUCUAAGCUCCAUAAUUUUAUAGUAUUGCAGAGUUGGGUUCUCUCAUUGUGUGCUGCAGAAAUGAAUAGAAUGGAGACAGCUUGUUUAUCUGCUCUGAUAAGGCUUUUAUAAUGUGGCUGCUGUGUGUACAAAGAAGCAAUUGCUUUCCAAACAGAAGACCUAUUUUGCUUUGAUUUUUUAUUUUUUUAGUGUAGGGCAGGAGUGAAGUUGUUUUUCUAAGCUUAAAUGUUUGAGAUGAGAAAAUUGGAAAACGCAAAUGUUAAAACAUAUACACUGCAAUGAACAACCUGCACCUCUCCAAACAUUGUUAGACCACAGCUCCUGUUUGACUACUGGCCAUGCUGGUUGAGGCUGAUGAGACCUAAGAGUCUAGAAUACCUGUUUCACCACUUUUCCUGCAGAUGAGGCUGCAGUAACACAGUUCGAGUGCUAAAAAGAAUGUAUGUUGCAAUGUGUAGAAAGGAGGUGGCUGAAUACUUUUUCAAAGGCUCUUUUGUCAGUAUCCUUGUUGGAAGGGGGAGGAAUUAACAACCAUAAGGAGGGCAUUGUUUUUGAUCUCUUGCCUCCAUAACCUACAUUCAUUCCAUACAGAAAGCCAUGUUGAAUUACUCUUGAUAUUGAUGUAGGGAAGGACCUUCCUUGAAACUACAUACCUGAACCCCAGGUCUCCAUGCCUAGGAAGGCCUGAACUCAUUUCCUUAAUUUCCUUUCAUAAGGAAGAAUUUUCUAAUGCUGUGUGUUUUUACGGUUGGACUGUAGAAACAGUUCUCAUUGAAUUUCAGAUAUCAUUUCUGAUAUUAGUACUAAUAGCUAUGGGUACUCAUAGAAUGCUGCCCUGCCUGUACAUUUGAGUAUGUAGGUGUACUAGAUAUGCAAAAUGUAAGUGCUUGUGGAUAUAUCUAUUCAUACACGAUAAGUGCUGCAGGCUACUGGUCAAAUUGGAGUUUGAUGCAUGCUUAGAUUAAAAUAGACUCUACAAUUAA